ACCGCAGGCAUAUGCGUGCUAGAUGGCAGUAUCGACGAUACCAGAAGAAUAACGCCAUUUUGAUCGACGCAGCAGAGCUUUCGGGAUCGCUUGAGAAUAUUGGAGUAGAGAAAAAAUGCCGAAAAAAUCGAAUAAGAUCUGGGGCUGGGGUGGUCGCAACGGCCGUGGAAAUGUUCCCUCCGAGGAUAAGCAUUAUUUUGGCCAUGAUGAUCGUACGGGAAGAAAUAAUGGACGGCCUCAUGACGGAACUAGACCUCGUGUUUCCUUUAAAACACAUAGACCCAAUAGAGAAAUACCACGUAACGCAUUGCUUGCAACCUUGCUAGAUGAGGAUAUUCCAAUGACAGGCAAUAGCAAUAACAAUAAUAGACAAAUAAGACAAGUAGUUGUUCCAAGAGAUAGAGAUAGGACAUGGCAAAGAACGAUUGGUCGAGGAAGAAAUAGUCCUCUACCAAAUAGGAAUUUUAAGGGAGGCCAACCUGGUUCUAGAAUACAAACACUUGCAAUAGGAGAAUCCAACUGGUAUAAAAUCAGUAUACCAUAUGGACACAAAUAUGAAAAAGAUUACAUUUUAAGAACCUUAUUAAACUAUAUGGCACCUGAAGUAUUCAUUCCCAUAACGUAUAAGAUAAUGGGAACUGAAGCUAGUUUCUAUGUUGACAAUUAUAAGACAGCAAAUGCAUUAUUAAAUUGUGAUCGUAAGAUUACAAUGACAGAUGGUUUUAAAUUACAAGUAAGAGCAAAACCAGGGGUUCCACAAUGCGAGAUUGAUGAUAAAUUGAAGGAACAAUUAAAACAAGCUAUGUCCAAAAGAUAUGUUCAAGAAACAAAUGCUUUGGACUUGUCAAAGUUUCAUCAAGAUCCUGAUCUUGGUGAUUAUUUUUGUGCAUUGUUUCGACCUGCAAUGUUAAUGACUGUGUUAGAUAUCGUCAGCGAACAUAUACCAAAUUUGGAAGCCUUAAACUUAGAAGGCAAUAAACUGCAGAGCAUUGAUAGGCUCAAUGUGCUAAAUAAAAAAUUUUCAAACCUGAAGAUUUUAUACAUCAGCGAUAAUAAAAUCAAGGAUAUUCAUCAAAUAGAUGCAAUUAAAGACCUCAAAUUAGAGGAAUUGAAAUUAAUUGGAAACCCCCUCUGUAACAAGUAUAAGUCUCGACAAAAUGACUACAUUAGCGACGUCCGGAAACGGUUCCCGAGACUGCUACGUCUGGACGGCACGGAAUUACCACGACCAAUCGUAUUUGAUGUGGUUGAUGAUACUGCUAAAAUACCAUCAUCACAGCGAAUGUUUGUUGCUGAUGCGAAAGCCCAGGAAAUUGCAAGCCAGUUUUUGCAACAGUAUUUCACAAUAUUUGACAGUGAGAGCCGUCAGCCUCUACUUGACGCGUACGAUGAACAUGCGUGCUUUAGUAUGACAAUAUCCACUUCUCACAAUAAUAAGUUAAAUGGAUAUCUCAUGGAGAACCGAAACUUAUUCAGAAUAUAUGAUACAGCAAGAAGGCAGAAAUUAUUAAAGCAUGGUAGAUUACCUGUAGUUUCUUUCAUAUCAGAAAUGCCACGAACAAGGCAUUUCCUGGAUACCUUUACUAUGGACAUUGCUCUUGCUACGCAAGUAAUGAUGUUCAUCACGAUAACGGGCUAUUUUCAAGAACUUGAUAAUAAGGAACAGCCCAUACGCCACUUCAAUCGAACAUUUAUAAUUGUUCCGGAAGGCAGGGGAUAUUGUAUUCGCAAUGAACAAUUACAUAUUAGUCAGCCGCCUGAGGCGCAAUUAAAACAGUUGAACCAGCAAUUGAAUAGUCAACCGACGCAACCGGAAGUGUCGGCGCUAUUGCCACAAACAUCUACACAAUCAGCAAAACCUGUAGAAUUAAGUGAAGAUAUAAAACAGCAAAUGACAAUGACGUUGAGCCAGCAAACGAACAUGAAUUUAGAAUGGAGUCUGAAGUGUUUACAAGAAACACAGUGGAACUAUGAUAAUGCGCUCUCUGCAUUUCAAGAGUUCUUUAAACGAGGUCAAAUACCAUCAGAAGCGUUUACGAAAUAACAUAUAUGUGAGUAAAAGAAUUUAUCUCUGUGAUAAUAAUAAUGUUAAAAAACGCGAACUUUGUAAUAUCACUCAUGUUCUUUUGCUUAGGUUUCAACGCAUGCAUAUUUUUUUAUGCAUCAAAAUCUGAAGAAAACCAUUAGGCAUAUUAUAUGGCAUAUAAGUGCCAUUUAGAAUCCGUCUUGUUUUAAAUAAUAUUAAAAAAGGUACUGAUAUAUACACAAAAGAAUAAU